UGGGGAUUUAAGCUCCUCCCUGAGCGUUUUAGAGAAGAUUGUUACAGUAACUAACGCUACGGGAUUAGCUAUCGAAAAAGAGGUCAAAUAUUGGAAUUAUCUACAUCAUAAUUCCCCUCCUUCCUUCACACAUUAUUCAUAAGUGUUGGACUAACAAAUUGUUAAAAGUCAGCGAACAUGUUUCCCUGUAUAAUUUUUUGAUCCUUUUUACUUAAAAUACUGAUUAGUUCCAUUGUUAAAGAGAAAAUGAUUGUAAAAUGUUCGUGUACCUGUUUUCUAAGCAUGCAGCAAAAUUUUAAAACAGUAGAAUAGCAUUUGUAACUAACAUGUUCAAAUUAAAAUUCGUUUAAGAUACUAAUUGCUUUUUUAAAUUCAAAGCGAUACUUUGUUCCGUCCUUCUCUGAUUUAUUCAAUGGAUCAUAUUCAAAGCAAUAUGUAAAAUCUUGCCUAAAUAGUCCAUUAACAUUUUUUAUAAGUAGCGUUUACUCAUUAACUGUUUCACUAACUCUUGUGUUUCUAAAAUAUUUAAUGAAAAUUAUCAACAACAAACUAGUUAGGACACAAAUAUUUGCAAAUGGCUCUCUUAUUUUAUUUCUCUGAAUUUACGUGAAAGAUCAGUUUAUGUUUACCGCAAUUUGCACCUAACGUCCAUUGUCUCUUAUUUUACUGACGUAUAAUGUUCAUGUCAUCUUCAUUAGCGUAUACCUGAAUAAUGAACAGACACAAAAAAAAAGAGAUAUUUCACGGUGUUUGAAUAAUUAGUGUGUUUUAGAAUGUCGCAAAGUACAGCUUGCAAUGUACACAAAGAAUACUGUUUGCACGUGUGAAUGACCAUAUAAAUUAAACAGUAACGAUAUUAAUAUGUUUUAACUAAUUUCAGGUAUUUUACGCUGUUAUUGAUAACAUAUUGUCGUCCGAUAACUCAAACUCUUGGACUAUUGUAAGCAAAGAGACAGAAAAAGACCCCACAUUUCUCCUAAAUAAUAUGGACCGUUUCAGCAAGAUUACACUCCAAAACGACAAUAUUACAGCAACUAAAUUCAACGGAUCUAAUUUUGAGCUUGUUAUCAACCAAACAAAAACCGAUGAAACGGGAAUACGUUUUCCGGAGGAACAAUCAAACAACGUUUCUCAAAACUCAGAAGAAAUUCCUACCUUUCUAGAAUUACCAAAACAAGCAUCAAACGAUAUAAAAGCGAUCAACUUUGUUGCUGUUCUAUACAAAACAAUGUCAGACAUUCUGGGUUCUGAUUCUAAUAGUAAAGAGAAAAAAGGUAAACAUGCGAAAAUGUCUGAGCGAAGAUUCUUUGUCAAUUCCCCAAUAUUGUCCCUCACGACCCAGACAGACCUAGGAGUGUUGGAUCCACCUCUCAAUCUAAUGUUUGGACACACUGUGAAAAAUAAGUCUACAGAGAUGCACUCUGUAUGUGUCUCCUGGGAUUUGAAUCUAAAAAAAUGGUCACAGGAAGGAUGCACUGUGAACCAAACAUAUCGUCGAAGAACUGUUUGUCAGUGCAACCAUCUCACAAACUUUGCUAUUUUAAUGAGACCAUACACUCAGGUAACAGAAGAAAAUCCAUUCUUAAAAACGAUGUCACUUGUUGGAGUAGCUCUCUCCAUAGCUUUUACGUUUCUUACUUCUUUGAUUUACGUCCUGACAUGGAGAUUUGUCAGGAGUGACAAAAACGUCAUGAUGCUGAAUAUUUGUGGAUCGUUAAUACUGUCAAAUACAAUGUUUAUAUCAUUAGUGGAACAAACAGCGAAUGAGAUUGCUUGCAUCGCGAUAACGGCCAUUAUCCACUACCUUUUCUUAGUGACAUUCUUCAGUAUGCUAGGAUUAGGUGUAUAUUACUUUAUGAGUAUUACAGUGAAUUACUAUGCCCUGUAUGUUGGAAACAACUUCAAGUCAAAAUCAAGGGUUCAUUUGUUUCUGGGUGGAAUCUGGGGUAUACCGGUCAUUAUUACCUCAACAAAUCUUGGAGCGUUUUGGGGUAAAGGAUAUCACCUAAAGUCGUACUGCUGGUUGUCCAUCGAAAGUGGCUCUCUCUAUUUGUUUAUCAUUCCAGUUUGUCUGAUUAGUUUGAUAAACAUUCUUAUAAUUGUUUCACUUCUGAGGGUGUUGUUUACUUCAAGCAUAGUGGAAAGGUCUUCACUACAGAGGAAAGCGUCAUGCGGUCUGCGGUCACUCGGAACACUUCUGCCAGUUCUAGGAGUGACCUGGCUGUUCGGAAUCCUGGCAGUUAACGAAAACGCAGUUGUGUUUCAGUAUUUGUUUGUCAUUGCAAAUUCAUUCCAGGGGUUCUUCAUUUUUCUUUCACAAGUUUUGUUGGACAAAAAGGUGAGGCAAGGCAUAGGGAAUAGAUACCUGAGUUUGAGUACAAUAUUGAGUUUCGCUGAGCGAAGGAAAAAAGAAACUUCUCUAAGUUCACGAAGCCCGUCGACAUCUAAAUCAAAUGAACCAUUGAUGAAACCCAAGAAAAUGAGUUUGCUUAAAAGAUUUCGGCAAACCAAAGUGAAGAAGUCUGAGUUAUCAAUGUCAGAAAAAACGAUGUCUACAAAUUGUCCACAAAGUGUUUCUCAUGAAAAAAUUGCAACAUGAAAAGAAUCCCCUUUAAACCAAAGUCGCUUACUAUUACUUCUUUCUUAGCUGUAUGCGUUGGUGUGUACAUACUUGGAGUGGCAUAUUCUCUCUUUCGGAAACCCAUGAACAACAAUGUGUUGAAUCAGAUUGAUGACACACCAGAUCAAUGUGAAAAUGUUCAUUUUAUAUAUUAUGAUGAGGAACAAAAGCGAAAUGCCUAGGAAUUCAGGUUUUAGAGGGAUCCGGUUCAAUUGCUGUCAGAACUCAAACGCGGCUUUUUGAGCGAUUUAAAGAGGAUCAGUGCAUGUUUAAUUCUCCUGAAAUACAAGCUGGGAUGGUGAUUAUAUCCCGCACAUACUUUACACUUAAUUAUAUAAUGCGGCCAUGGGUGGGCUGUGCUCUUGAAUAUGGUUGCAUGGACUUUCCGAAUGCGGAACUUCAUAUAAACUGCACCGAAAGGUGGGUUCCUUCGGAUUGUCACAGGUUUGACCAAUCAACUCUCGGUGUUAUUAUGACCAGACUUUUCAACAAAAAAAAAGACACCACUUUGUCGUAAAAGAAGAUUUUGCAAAAGUCGUACGGCAUGAAACUGAAAGCUCUCAAAGCCAAAACAUAUUUUAACUAUUGGUAAUUUCGUCUCACCCAUAAUUUUCCUGCAUGUUUUCUGUUUGUUUGUGUUGUGUGCGUUUCAAUUUUUCACUGCAUAUGACAAAUUAGUUACAGGACUUGUUUUUAUAAGUAUUGCCUGUUCGUUACCAUAAUUGUCUGUUAAAAUGUAAACGUAUCAAGCGAAUAAAAUACCA